AUGGGCGGGACCGAUGAAGCGCGUCUCUUAGUCACUCAAGCUAUCCGUAACGGCAAGCACGUUGUGACGGCGAACAAGGCGCUGUUGGCAGCGCACGGAUUUGAGCUCUUUCAACUUGCUGAUAAGCAUAAUGUCAGCCUGAAUUUCGAGGCGAGCACCGCCGGGGGCAUCCCAAUAAUCAAAACCCUACGGGAAAGCUUCGCCGCAAACCGCAUCCAUUCAAUUUACGGUAUCAUCAACGGCACCUGCAACUACAUCUUGACGGAGAUGCACGAAAACGAAGUCGACUUUGACGAAGUGCUGAAAGAUGCCCAAGCCAAAGGGUAUGCUGAGGCAGAUCCGACAUUUGAUGUUGAAGGGAUUGAUGCUGCACAUAAAUUGACCCUCCUCACUUCCCUCGCUUACGGCUUUGCCAUGCCGAUGGAUGAGGUUUACACGGAAGGUAUCACACAUAUCACGCCCAAUGAGAUUCAGUACGCUCGUGAACUCGGAUACGUGAUCAAACUCCUUGCUAUCGCGAAACUUAAUCAAGACCGGGUUGAAACGCGUGUCCAUCCGACGUUGGUGCCCGUGCGCAGUAUGCUCGCAAAUGUUGGCGGUGCAUUCAACGCCGUCUGUGUCAUUGGCGAUGCCGUUGGUCCAACCCUGUUCUAUGGACAAGGUGCCGGUGAAAUGCCAACAGCGAGUGCCGUUGUCGCGGAUAUUAUUGAUGCGGCGAAAUCGAUUAGCGGUAAGACACGCCCUGAUGCGGAGAUACAAAAGAGGUUAGUAAGCGUGGGAAUCAUCGUCCAAAAAUUUGGUGGCUCUUCUGUUGCGGAUGCUACAAAAAUCAAAAAUGUCGCCAAGCGAAUCGCACGAACACACGAGGGUGGGCACGCUAUUGUUGUCGCUGUGUCUGCGAUGGGAGAUACGACUGACAACCUGAUUCGACUUGCCCAUGAGAUCUCUAUAGAUCCCCCGGAACGGGAACUAGAUAUGCUGUUGUCCACCGGUGAACAGGUCUCAAUUGCCCUGUUGGCGAUGGCGGUUUCAGAACUUGGAUACCAAGCAAUCUCCCUCACAGGAACGCAGGUGGGCAUCAUCACCAGUGGCUUUUAUAGCAAUGCCCGAAUUAAGAGCAUCAACAAAGAGCGCAUCUUGUCGGAACUUGAGCGUGGAAGGAUUGUUAUACUCGCGGGCUUUCAGGGAGUAACCAUUGAUAACGAGAUUACGACCCUGGGGCGGGGUGCCUCCGACACCACUGCUGUUGCUAUUGCCGCAACGUUGGGUGCUGAUCGUUGUGACAUUUAUACAGAUGUAGAAGGUGUUUACACCGCAGACCCACGUAUUGUUCCAAAUGCCCGUAAACACGACCAGAUUACCUAUGAUGAAAUGCUUGAGAUGGCGAGGCUCGGUGCGAAGGUUUUGCAUUCCCGAUGUGUAGAGCUUGCGAAGAAAUUUGAUGUUCACCUUUGUGUCCGCUCUAGCUUCAGUGAAGCCGAAGGCACAAUGGUGGUAAAGGAAGACGAGAUGAUAGAAGAAGUUGUCGUCAGCGCGGUGACCUCUGAUAAAGAUCAGGCGAAGGUAUCGCUGUUUGGUGUCCCUGACAAACCAGGAAUCGCAGCGCGUAUUUUUCAGGCAGUUGCUGAUGCCCACAUCAGUAUUGAUAUGAUCAUUCAGACGACAAAUCCGGGGGGGACAGCCGACCUAGCGUUUACGGUUGCUGAGAAGGACCUGCAACCAACAAUCAAGAUCAUCGAAGGACUCAAAGACCAAGUUGGUUUCACCAACGUUAGCCCGGACAAGAACAUUGCACAGGUCUCGUUAGUUGGGAUUGGGAUGAAGAGCCAUGUGGGUAUCGCUGCACGUAUGUUCCAAGCCCUCGCUGACGCAGAUAUCAACAUUCAGAUGAUUAGCUCUUCAGAAAUCACGAUUUCCUGUGUGAUUGAUGAAAGUGAAACGGAACGUGCUGUGCGUACAAUUCACGAUCGAUUUGAACUCGGAGGUACGUCUUCGUGA